CACAAAGGAGGACACACAACAAGGCCAAUGCCCACGUGACUUGGCAAGCCAGAGACUUAUGUUAGAGACCUUUGUUUACCAGGAUAGUAAGGUAUUUAACUGAGGUGCUUCUACCCAGACACACUUUCUUUGCGCCCGCCUCCCUCUACUGACAUUUCGUAGAGCAGUGACAUCUGCAAGAAAGGCUGACUUUAUCUGAGAAUCAUCAGGUCGAAGAGUUCUUAUUUCAUUUUCAGUUUGGAAAAAUUCAGAAGACACUGUGCAGUGUACAGGCAACAGUUCCGUAAAUCGAGUUGCAGUUUUUAGUGGCUUGCGAGAUAUGAAAUAACUUGUAAGGUUCAAGAAAUACAUCGAUUGAAUUAAAAAAAAAAUAGUUGUGAAGUGAUGUGGAAAAACUUUAGAGGUUCAUGAAAUGCUGCGUAGCAACAUGGAAAAUAACUUAUUGUGUUACAGCACUUAUGUUGAGUAGCAGUUUGCGACGGAGAGAAUAACUUUUCAAAAUAAGCUUCAGAACAAUUGAUGAUCAACUAGGAAUUCAAGCAGUACAAGAUGCAUUUAUGUGAUCGGUGCUGGUGAGCUCCAGUCGACCUAAGAUAAUGCUGUGAGAGUACUGCUGGCUUGGCUGUCGACGAAGUAGGUUUUGAGACAUUUUGAGUCAGUAACCGGCAUGUUAGUCUCGAUCGUAAAAGAGACAUUUUGGAAGACUAUAACGACAUCUGCAUGCCAUCAAAUUUCCGAGAGAUAUUGUGAGAGUGCGCACUAUGCCGUGCACUAUGUCCGGUGCGGGCCUUCGGCUGCCAGCUCCUCCAGCGCCUCCAGCCCUCCAGCUUCCAGUUACUUCCAGCAAGCCAUGAUGGCUCUCGACAAUGAAUAUGAUAGCAGCGAGGAUACAUGUCGAGACAGUUCCAACAGCGACACUGAAUGCACGGAAUGCAGCAGACAGCGCCGAAGUGAUGCCAUGGCAACGUUGGAGCAGCAUGCACUUGCAAACGGGGAAGUAACUGGGGAUGAGGAUAACAGUGCUUUAAGAGUGACUUCCCCUGUUGGCAAUGGUGACGUUCGUUGUGGUCGCUGUGCGGCUCGGAGUACAACCAACGGUAACAGCUCUAUCGCAACGGUCGAAGGGCAGAGUCCGCGACUGGCGAGAAGAAAGUCUUCUACUGACAAAGGAGUGCAGUGGGCGGACGAACAGAACAAGCAGUUAGCGCGAGAACAGCCCCCGAAACGGCGAGAAAGGAAACCGUCAGUCACAAGUGUGGCUCCACCUAGGCCCAUUCUCAAGCAUCCUUAGAAGGCGAGUAGUGGUUGAGGGUGUUGUCUGCGUGCCCAAGAAGUGUCAGGCAGCUUGGUUGGUACAGUGAACAGUGAUCAAGCCUGGAUUGACACAGAGGAAUAGCUGUCAUUGGUAUCAUCCAGGCUGCAGUCAGUAGGAGAUACACACAAGAGACUAUCUUUGUGGGUCGUAGACAAGGUUUCUUUCUUGCCAGAGAAUAGUUUUGUCGUUGUUCAAAAUAGAUGAAUAUAACUGCUUUAUACCGAUUGAUACUCACAUGGUUAAUUAAGCGUAUGCAUACUUACAAACUGUUGUUGAAGCAAAAAAUCUGUUUUUUAAUCGAAAAACAAGGCAGAAAAUGAAACUGCAACGCAACUGACAUUUUAAUUUAAGUAAAGGUGCGACAUAUACAGAUGUUGAAAAGAGGUUUUAGCAAAGGCAGGUCAUUAAGUUCAUUAUCAACAACUGAAAUGACGAAAUGAACUUCACUGCGGUCGCACGUCAACGGUAAUCGAUGAGUUCGCAAACUUCAAAGAACUAUUUGCACCUGAGUUUCAUUUCUUGCCGGCAGCGUAUUGCCGCUGGUGAAACGGGCUUUAUGACAUGGUAAUAAAAAUAAUAAUGCGACAAUUGACUUUCUUGUACUUAGUCUUAGGUCAGACGACGCUCAGAAUACACAAGACACAGCACACAUUUCUGCCGCAAGAAAACUUUUGCUUUAGCUUUCAAAAAGUAAAACAUAGCAGUUUUAAGUGACAAUAAAAGCACAGUUGGUUGCA